GUGACCUAUGCGAAGCCAAUGGUAAAAGGAAGGGUUUUAUCUCACUCAAACAAACAUGGACCAGAUUUGUGGAGCAUCCUGUUACAAUACCGUGUUCAGUGUAUGAUUUCGACAUAGGGCAGCGUAUAUAUGAUAUACUUUACUUGGAUCAGCGACAGUUCAACAGAACUUUUCGUGGGAGCGGUUCGCCUUCAGCUUCUUCCCCCUUUAAGCAACAUUGCUUAGACGUAACGCUGUUUCGCUUGACGUAUAUUGAACGCUUUGGAGCCAUGGCUGGUGCAUUAGCUAUCCUGUUUGCCGCAUCACUCCUUGCCCUGCAUGGGAGCUCUGCCGAUUGUGAGGACGAAGUUCCAGAAGGCAGCACAAACCUCGAGAAACGAGUUGCCGUCUUGGAGUUUCAACUGCGACGACUCUUUGGGGGGAAAUUAAUGCAGUCUCGCCGUUCCUGCUCAGACUGGCUGGCUGACGGUUUUCUCACCAGUCGCCAUUACAUAGUUGACCCAGACGGCCUCCGCGGUGUCCCAGAAUUCCAAGUGUGGUGUGACAUGACGGUGUCGCCACCUAUCGCCAUGUUUCAUCACGACCAAGAGGAUAGAACGCUGAUCAAUGGGUUUGAAGAACCAGGCAAAUAUCACUUAAAAAUAUCCUACGCUAUUUCGAGGUCGCAGAUGAAGGCAUUGAUGAAGAUGUCGGGUCCCUGUAGCCAGCAUAUAAAAUAUGAAUGUCAUGGAGCACUAAUUCGUAAUGAAGACAGCAAUACAGCAUACAGUUGGUGGUUUGCAGACGGACAGGAAGUCAAAUCUUAUUGGCCAGGUGGAAAUGCGCAAGUCGGUGGCUGCGAAUGUUAUAAAACCAAGAGUUGCAACGGGGGCAAAAAAUGUAACUGCAACGUGAAUGACAUUGCUUGGCGGGAAGAUAGCGGUGACGUCACAGACAAGGAAGCACUUCCGGUUACUGGCUUUAGGCUGGGUGACAGUGGCGAUGGAGCCGAAAAGGCCUUCAUUACAAUUGGGCCAUUAAAGUGCCAAAAUUGAACGGGUAUUAUUGAGAGCAGACAAUCGAAACAUCUUUAAAUUGUCUCAUCCUGACGCAGACAGAUCGGGUGCAGAUAAAUUCCCAUAAUAAAAUGCUAUAUAUAUAUAUAUAUAUAGGCCUACUGGUAUAUCUUUUUGUAAUAUACUCUGUAAUCCACUACAAUAAUAUUGUCACCCCUAAUGCAAUGUGUAAAAUGUUACAGAAAAUUGUCAUAAACCAACUUUUUAUUCAUUUACUAACAGUAUUUUUUUCACAAAAUUUUAAUGAUUGUACCACUAAUGAAUUAUUUAACCAUAGUAAAAAAUCAACUUCACAUGAGGGGUUCCACUGCCUAUAGUUAUAAUUCAGUGUAUCAUAUGGGUCUACAUAUGGACGCUACAGGUACCAGUAGGAGAAUAUUUCUAAAAUCAGGUAGAAUCAAGCAAAAUCCAUUUGUCCGUUUUGUAGAAAAGGGGGUUCAAUUUUUAUAUAUCGUGCUAUAUGUAGUACGAAGAGAAAUACUAGUAGGUUAAGGGAAUAUAAUUGUAUAUUUUAAACUGUUUUACAGUGAUGAAGUACUAUUUUAAUAAAUCCCCAAUAAAGAAAGCAAAAAUAGUACUUUAUCGUUUCAUGACACCAUUUAAUUAUUUAUUUAUUUAUUUAUCGAUAUCUCAGAAUAGUCCCUACUGGUAAAUAAAUCUAGAAGAGAAUACUUUAUGUAAAAAUGAAAAAGUAACAUAUACUAAAUAGAGGGCAUGUCACAAAUUGUUUGUUCAUAUUGACAAUGUGACAAGCAAAUAAUCAAACCGAUUUUCAGCAAAAUUUUG